AUGGAAAAGAGAAACUCAAACAAAAAACCCAACAAUGUUGCCAUACAUUCGCCAGGAACUCCAGCUACAUUGGCUCCAACUGCUACAGCAAUAAUUCAGCAGCUAAGAGACAAAAUUACUGUCCUUGAAGAUGAAAGAAAUUUCCUCAGAGAACAGCUGAAAAAAGCACUGGAUAACAUCCCUACUACUUCAGCAAAACGACAUCAUUCCCCCUCAAGUUCCAGUUCCUCAGAUUCAUCAGCCUCAGACUCUGAGUCGUCUUCUUCACCGAGUGACGGGAAAAAGAGCAAGAAGGCCAAGAAGAAGAAGAAGAAGAAAGUGUCACAGUUUGGCAAAAGAAUGAAACACCCAGAAGAUGUCAAACACAGGUAUAUGUUUGUUCUUAAAACAUUCAAGAAAACACACAGCCUGAACCGAAGUUGUGAAAAACUCAACGUGGAUCGAAACACUAUUGCCUACACAGCCGUCAUUGCUGAAGUCCUUGUAGGGUUCCACCCUUUACUGGCGGCUCACUCCUUAAGUAUGCAAAAGAGGUGA